GCAAGUGGUCGCAGUUAAAAAUGGGCAUUUCUCAGCCCCGUUGCCCAGCUCCGGCAAGCAAAACCAGUGGGAACACUCUAAAGAAGGCGGAGGCUGGGGUUCUCUUUCUGAAUCAUCCUGCUUCACGGGCGAACAUGAUCGGCCUUUUUAACUCUGGACGUCUAGGACUUGGCUCCUGAAGCAAUAUCUCCCGCCCGUUCGCUUUGCCCCACUCUUGGAAGAAUUCGAUGGUUUCUUGACCAUUUCACGAUGUUUCUGUGCUAUCUCCUUUUCCUUUUUAGUACAUUCAUUUUGAACACCAGCGCAAACUUUGUUCCGCGAGCUCCUCCGCAAACCAAUACCACUAGUACAUCGAGCACAUCGAUCGCCAUCAACAAGACACCUUCUGCUUCGGUGCCUCAUUUACAAACGGCGGAAUCUCCGAAUCCUGAUCAUAUUUGUUGCUUUGUCGUCCAAGAUGUCGUCAGCGAGGAAUGGUGGGGUGUUGUGGCAACAAGCUCGAUCUUCCAGGUGGUUACCCGGACGCAAAUCACGGCCUAUCUCACACCUUAUCCUUCAACAACAAUAACCAGCUACGAGUUCCAUUUUCAGACGACCAAUGCUUCAAUCCCAGUCACAGCUCAGAUUGGGGUUAAUCCAAUUUCUCUGUUUGGCAAUGGAGCCCCACAUCCUACGGAGGUGGCUCAACUUAACAAUGGCACUGCUUUGACAACUGGAGGAGUCACGAUCCAGCAAGGGGAGAAUCUGGGGCAACGGGGAUAGACACCUGUUUCAUGUCACCUAUGCGUAUUCGUCCCAGUACCCGGGCUUGGCGGCAUGCUUACCUGCUGGUCCAUCUAUUGUACCUUCGGGAUGUUCAAC